UCCCUUCAGUCAUCUGCCGGCCCGGGCGACGCAAAGCAAAGCAGACAGGCAUAAUGUCCCAUCAAACGGGCAUACAAGCUGCGGACGAAGUGAAAGACAUCUUUGCUAAGGCGAGGAACGGAGCCUAUCGCCUGCUGAAGGUCGUCAUUGAGAUGGAGACUCUGGUGCUGGGAGGCACCAAGCAUGUGUCUAAGAAGUGGGACCAGGAGUAUGAUGCCUAUGUGCUGCCUCUCCUACAGGAGGACAUGCCCUCCUACCUCCUGUACAGGCUGGACUCUACUAACAACCAGGGAUAUGAGUGGAUCUUCCUGGCCUGGUCACCUGACCGCUCACCUGUUAGACAGAAGAUGUUAUAUGCUGCUACAAGAGCUACACUGAAGAAGGAGUUUGGGGGUGGACACAUUAAAGAUGAAAUAUUUGGCACAGUGGAGGAUGAUGUGUCUCUGAGCGGGUACAGGAAGUACCUGAUAGCACAGGCUGCUCCACAACCACUGACCGCUGCUGAGGAGGAGCUGAGGCAGAUCAAACUGAGUGAGGUACAGACAGACAUCAGCGUGGACACUAAGCAGCAGACUCUGACGGGCGUGGCCUUCCCUAUGCAGCGAGACGCCAUCCAGGCUCUGGAACAGUUCAGAGAGAAGAAGAUCAACUAUGUACAGCUGGAGAUAGAUUUUAGGAAUGAGUGUAUCAAGCUGUCCAGCACCACUCCUACAGAACUGAAGGACCUGCCCAAGAGGAUCCCCAAGGAUGCAGCCCGAUACCACUUCUUCCUGUACAAGCAUUCCCACGAGGGAGACUACCUCGAGUCUACAGUGUUCAUCUACUCCAUGCCGGGGUAUAAAUGUAGCAUCAGAGAGAGGAUGCUCUACUCCAGCUGUAAGAACCCUCUCAUCGAUACUGUGGAGAGCAACCUGCACAUCCAGAUAGCCAAAAAGCUGGAGAUUGAUAACGGUGAUGAGCUCACCGCAGAAUUCAUGUACGAAGAGGUCCACCCUAAGCAGCACGCACACAAGCAAUCCUUCCCCAAACCUAAAGGCCCCGCGGGGAAGAAAGGGGGGCGCCGGAUCACUAGACCACCAGGGGAUGGGGAAGAAGACUAAUAAAACACCCCUCCAUUUUAGUCCACAAUGGAACAUUCCGCUUAGUAUAUAAGAACCCUUUAUCUGGUUGAGUCCCAAAUGGCCCCCCUAUUCACUUUAUAGUGCACUACUGUUGAGCUAGGGCCUAUAGGGCUCUGGUUAAAAGGAGUGCACUAUAUAGGGGAUAGGGUUCCAUGUAGGAUAUAGACCAUUGACAUGAAUCCCUCAUAAUGCCCUUUAACCUCAUAGACAACCAGCCUGUAGACUAUAUGAACUAUGCACACACAGACCACCACAUUAAUAUAAUAUAAGCCAUGACACUCAAACCUGUGAACUUACUUACAUUAGUAGCUUGUUAUUUAGACAGACAGUAGGUGCUGUGUUUUCAUAAUGAGAGAGAGAGCGAACAUUUCCCUUUAGAGCUAUAGCUACAUUUUUUUUUUUUCCAUAUUAUUUUUGACAAAGUUUUUAAGACAUGUGGUUCCCAAUCCUGGUUCUGGAGAACUGGAUGUGUUUUUAAGACAUAUGGUUCCCAAUCCUGGUUCUGGAGAACUGGAUGUGUUUUUAAGACAUGUGGUUCCCAAUCCUGGUUCUGGAGAACUGGAUGUGUUUUUAAGACAUGUGGUUCCCAAUCCUGGUUCUGGAGAACUGGAUGUGUUUUUAAGACAUAUGGUUCCCAAUCCUGGUUCUGGAGAGCUGGAUGUGUUUUUAAGACAUAUGGUUCCCAAUCCUGGUUCUGGAGAACUGGAUGUGUUUUUAAGACAUGUGGUUCCCAAUCCUGGUUCUGGAGAACUGGAUGUGUUUUUAAGACAUAUGGUUCCCAAUCCUGGUUCUGGAGAGCUGGAGGUUCUGGAGAGCUGGAGGUUCUGGGGAGCUGGAGGUUCUGGAGGUGUGUGAGAGGAAAGACCUUGUGGUUGUUCUAGUGAGAAUGUGAUACUGAUCUGACCACGUGACCUGGUUAUUAGUGCUGAUUCAAUGCCCACCAUGUUGCAGCAGUUCUGUAAUGCGUUGUGUAAAGUCAAUCAAUAGAGAAUGUUGUUCCACAACCGCUAGCCCUUCAGGAUCAGCGUUGAGGACUGGGUCUUAUUCAUGUGACACUACAUGGAGAAACCAGAGAGGGACCACCUAGACUUGUCCAGUAAGAAUAGCUUGUUUUCGCUUUCCGUUGAUAAAUGUUUGAAAACGUUUUGCUAUGGUGUGCCUAAUGAAUAGCACCAUGCUGAUGUAGAAGCUUGAUUUGGGAGAGAAGAGAGGCCAUGUGUGGGUCUGUGGAUGUUGUUAAGAAGCCUAAUGCUUUUGUAUACAUUUUACUGUAUGCAUCUAAUUUGUACUACCAAUACCAUGUCCAUAACAACUAUAUGAUUACAAGUCAGUCCAAAAUCUAGUUUGUGAUUUCUCUUUCCAUGUUAUUUUACUGAAGAGUGAAAAAUCCUAUAGAAAGUAUUUUUCUAGGUCUGUGAUGUACUGUAUGUGUGUAUGACGUUCUGCGAUUGAGAGUUCAGUUGAGUGUCAACCGUUAUCUGUUUGUCAGUCUGUUUGAGAGAGCGAGAGAGAGUGCCUGGGUGCGUCCGGGAAUGUCACCCCAUUCCCUAUAUAGUGCACUACUUUUGACCAGGGCCCAUCGGAAAAGGCACCCCAUUCCCUAUAUAGUACACUACUUUUGACCCAGGUGCCAUUUCAGACGCAGACCUGUUUGUCAAUCAGGGUUGCUCGUUUGUGCAUUUCACAUCAGUGAUAUUAAUCCCACAUAAUAUGCAAUGCUUUUCACCCACAAUGCUGCAGGUUUUUCCCCACGUGACAAUGUGUGUAUGCAUGUGAUGUUUAUUACAACCACAAUGAAGGGAAGGGACUGUGAUUCCCAGGUAAAAGGUCAUGGAGGAUCUGUCUACUGAUUCCGUGAAAAGGCAAACCACUAUGACAUGUUCGUCCUGUACUAGAUUACUAUGACAUUACGUCAUUCUGAAGGAGUCCUAGUACGUUGAAACUAUCAUGUUAUGUAAUGUCUCAAAUGUUUUUUUUUCUAUGAAUUAAAUUGUGUAAGGAAAUGAAAUAAAUGAAAAUAUUUAAAUUACAUUCA